GAGCACAACCAACCUCACACGCUGCAUCCAACUAUCAAACCACAUAGUUCUUAAUUUGGAGAUGGCGGGCAUCAGUAGUGAACAAGAAGCUGCUGCUCGCAUCAUCAAUCCCCUGCUGCUGGUAGCGGUGCGCAAGGGCAUGUGGGAGGCGCUGGACUUCCUUUUCCAGCGGGAGGACGCGCAAGAACCACCAAUGGUGGUUCCAACUGAGGAAUUCCGUGCGGUGCUAGAUAUAGCCUACCGAAGAAUUGGGGCGCCAUCUCCUUCUGAUGCUGAACUGGGCGUCAACCACCAACCUGCUCCGCUUGCAGCAGGAGCACUCCUCCAGGGCGUAACUCCUAAUGGAGACACUGCACUACAUGCGGUCGCUGGAAGUGGGGAUGGAGAGAAUUUCCUGAGGUGUGCCGCCAUGAUCUGCGAUAGGGACAUGGACCUCCUGUUUUCCAAGAAUCACAAUGGUGACACACCCUUGCAUUGUGCUGCUCGAGCUGGAAACUCCAAAAUGGUAUCUCGUCUUAUUGCUCUAGCUGGGCCUGGAGCUGGAGGCGAGCAUCCCGACGGGAAGCUCAAGCUCUUGAGAAUGGAAAAUAAGCGGCACGAGACAGCCUUACACGAGGCUAUCCGAAUCGAAGACGGUAGAAUCCUGGGUCCCAAGGACAGAGAAGCUUUGUUUCAAGCUGACCACGCAACAGCAGAAAAGAUUACAUGUUUUGUACGUCAACAAAAAGGGAUGACUAUAGUGAAGCAGCUAAUGGGUGUUGAUCCCCGAUUAGCCAACUAUCCCGCAAAUGGCAUUUCACCGUUGUGCCUAGCCAUCUUGCUAGAGAAGGGUUCCAUUGCACUGACUCUAUAUCAUGAGAGUGGUGGCAAUCUCUCCUACUGCGGAUCAGAUGGACAAAAUGCCUUGCAUGUUGCUCUUCAUCGAGACAAAGACACAGUGAUGAAAGAGCUCCUAUUGGAUUGGAACAAGAAUCUUACUACCCAAGUGGACAAAGAUGGAAGUACGCCGCUUCACUUUGCUCUAACGAUGAACUGUUGGACUGGCCUUUUUCUGCGUGCUGAAUACUUCCGAAGACCCCCUAGGUGUAAAGUUCAAUUUUUUCCCCGGACGUCUUCACCGACACUUGAGAAAGUAUUAAAAGCGAACCCUGCAGCAUUAUAUCAGGCUGACAAGAACGGAUUUUUUCCCAUACAUGUGGCUGCCUCUGUAGGUGCCAGCAAUGACAUUCGUUUUCUCCUUCAGAAGCAUCCGGAUAAUGCCGGACUGCGAGACGCUAAAGGAAAAACGUUCCUUCAUGUCGCUGUUGAGAAAGCAAGACCGGAGAUAGUCUCAUUUGCAUGUGGAAACCAAUCUUUAGCUUGGAUUCUGAAUAUACAAGACAAUGAUGGGAACACUGCACUGCACUUAGCUAUCCAGUCUGUGAGCCUUAAGAUGUUCUGUGCUCUGUUCGGGAACCGGGAUGUGAAUUUGAAUCUAACAAAUAACCAAGGGGAAACUCCUCAUGAUCUAUCGAGAAGUAUACUUCCCCGUGGAUUGGGUUUUGGUUGGAACCCAGAGACUAGAAUAAACCAUGUAUUGAAAGAUUUUGGGGCGAGCCAGGGUUCCCGUCGCUGGGAUAAGAAUGAGGAGAAGUACAGUCGCCGUCCAAUGUCCGAGGACAAGCACAAAGAAUCAGAGAAGCUGAAAGAUACAGCACAGAAUUAUAUCGUUCCCUCAGUACUUAUAGCAACUAUGGCGUUCACUGCAGCUUUUGCCAUUCCUGGAGGUUACAGAGCCGAUGAUCAUACAAAUGGAGGCACGCCAAUACUUGCUGGGAGGUAUAUAUUUGACGCAUUCAUUAUGGCCACCACAUUAGCUUUCAUCUGCUCCACGCUAGCAACCGUUGGCUAUAUGUUUGCUGGUCAUCCCGUCGUUAACUUGAGCACCCGCACAAAAUACAUUGUCAUGUCCUCGCCACUCAUGUUGAGUGCAGUCACAUGCUUGGCCAUUGCUUUUGCACUUGCUGUGUAUAUGGUGUUAGCUCCGAUUGCUCCAAAUACCGCUAUUGUGGUUUGUGUAUACUCUUGUGAUGUUGGCUUUGACCGUGUUGGCAAGGAUCCAGCGGCGUUAUUUAUUUUCAGGUGUGAUCCAAUUGUAUCCUAG